AUGUACCUACUUUACCAAUUCGUGGCUUGCUUCCUGCUCGCAGCAGGAUUCUCAGCAGAAGCUUCACCAUGCUCCAAUGGCUCUCCACCAGCUACGAACAGCACUCCUAGCAACGUUCCCCUCCGAAUCCUCCCUCUCGGAAACUCCAUCACGUGGGGGUAUCUGAGCAGCGACGGCAACGGCUACCGUCUCGACCUCCUCAACAUGCUCACGGCCAACGGUACCCAAGUCCAAUACAUAGGCUCUCAGCAAUCCGGCAACAUGACCGAUAAUUACAAUGAAGGUCACCCCGGCGCCGUGAUCGACGAAAUCGCACAAUACGCUCAGGCUUCUCUUCCCGAUCAACCAAACCUCAUCCUCCUCAUGGCCGGAACAAACGACAUGAACAACGAUAACAACACAACCACAGCACCCGAUCGCCUAGGUUCUCUCAUCGAUGAAUGCCACAAUGCAACCAUGACCGAAGCUGGUAGUGCCGUUAUCAUCGUCGCGCAACUUACACCUGCUGCAAACAAUGCUACCGAGGAAAGAAUCCAGAUCUUCAAUGCUGCGAUUCCGGGAGUGGUGGCGGAGAAGGUCAGUGUGGGGAUGAAAGUAUUGUCCGUGGAUAUGGAGGCCUAUGUGACGUUCAAUGAUCUGAAGGAUGGCUUGCAUCCGAAUGACUAUGGGUAUAAUCAGAUGGCGAAGGCGUGGUAUGCGGGGGUUGGAGAGGCGAAUGGGAAGGGGUGGUUUACUGCACCAGUGCAGCUUCUUGGACCUUAG